UGGCUACGCGAAAUUACAACAGUGUCGCCGCUCGGUCUUUACAAGGUGCGUCUCUUUAUGCGUGGACAGUGGCGCGACACCUUUGUAGACGACAGGAUGCCAGAGGCGGCGCCUGGUGAUGCGGAAGACUAUCGUGGCGACGGCGAGCCCUGUCGCUGUUUUGAGAACGUG